AGUGCACCAUGAGGGUGUGACCGGCGCCACACCCACCACAGUCACCAUGAGAGUCUCCACCACACUGCUCGUCGUCUUCAUUGGUUGGUCGGCGGCGCUGGAGAUCCAGGAGGUGGAGGUGCCUGAAUACAAGGUGAGGGGGUCGCGGGCGGAGCUCUCCUGUCGCUACAAGCUGGACAACGCCACUCUGUACAGCCUCAAGUGGUACAAGGGAGACAAGCUCUUCUAUCAGUACAUCCCCGCCAACAACCUUACGAAGAACACCUUCCUGGUCCCUGGUGUUAAUGUUGACGUGGGAGACAGUACGGGCGUGACGGUGGUGCUGCAGGACCUGGAGUUGGUCACCUCCGGCACCUACAAGUGUGAGGUGAUCACUGAGGCGCCACUCUUCAUCACCAAGUUCGGUCAUGGCAACAUGACUGUCAUUGACCUGCCAGAGAGCGCGCCAGUGUUGGAGGGAGCCAGCAGCAGUUACCAGCUGGGUGAGCGUGUGGUAGUCAACUGUACCUCCCUCUACUCCAAGCCUGCCGCCACCCUCCAGUGGUACAUUAAUAACCAGCUUGUGACAGAGGUAGGGUCACUGAGGAAGUACCCGCCACAGAAGGAGCGGGACGGGCUGGAGACAGCUGUGUUGGGGCUCACUUUCAUCACGAGUAGGAGUCACUUUCCCAGGGGUGAAAUGCGACUCAAGUGCGUCGCCAAGAUCGCCACCGUCUAUUUCCAGUCGCAGGAGACCUCGGUCAUUGAGACUGGGUUCCUACCUCAAACACAGGCUGAGGAGCGCCGACACAAUGAUCAUUUCUACUUCCUCGGAAGCAGCUCUACUGCAGCCAGCGCGGGAUGGUCACUGUUAAUCUUGGUCGCCCUGGUCAUCCUCUUCAACACCUAGGCUGCCAUCCAGGUCGAUCUGGUCGUCCUCAACACACCAGAGCUGUUGGUUCUGGUUGACCUGGUAGCCCUCAACUCCUACAUUGUCGUCCUGGUCGACCUUGUCGUGCUCCUCAACAACUCACCCGAUGUAAACAUCUGCCUGUGAACUAAAUGGCUUUUCUCAAACUCUCUCUGAUGAACGGAGGAACUUCCUUGAACACAUGCUGGGAAAACUUGAGAACUCUUCCGCAGAUUUCUCUGCUGGACGGAGGAAUCCCUUGGACUAUAUCCCUGGUGAACUUAGAAACUUUAGUGAACAUGGCUAUAUGUGACCGCCUGAAGGUCGCAGGUGACACUGAAGAGCUUGAAACAAAAUGUCAGUUAAUGGCACACCAAGUUACACACACCAGCGAGUAGUAGUGAUGUCUUUAGUCAGUACAUCAGGCAGCGUGAAUAUCGACUGUGAUUAAUAAUUUUCAAAGACAGUGUAUUUGUAGCAUCAUAAACAAGCGAAUGUGUUGUUAAUUUUGGUCAUUAAGAGUAAAUGAGAGAUGAGGAAAUAAAUAUUGACCAUUAAAUCCGUCCCAAUAGGAACUGGGGUGGUCUUGUACUGAUCAGUCAUUCAAGACUGUCAAUUUUUUUUACUAAAAAAUAACGAAGUUUAAUGAAAUUAAAGGGUGUAUUACUGUAUAAUCUUAAGUAUUGAAAUAAUACUAACAAGUAAGACUUAAGGAAAAUCCUGUGAGAAUAUCAGACGUGUCUUUACCAUUGUUUCUCUGUAUGACAGAAUAGUAUAAUUGGCUUCUGAUGCUCAGGACGAAACAAGUUUGGCAGGGAAGAGGAAGGACAUGUGUGUGCUCCGACUUACUACUGAUAACCUAAAUUAAUGAGUGAACACUGACAAGAUGUUAGACUUUCUGUGACUAACAGAUAAUUAACUUUAUUUUUGUUACUUUUUUCAAUGAUUUACAGGAUGAGGGAGUAAGGUUAACUGAUCUAUAAAUUCAAUGGAUAAUACGAUAUAAGUGAAUCAUUAUGAAAAGAAGAAAAAAUGAAAACAAAACCAUUGCCAUUUCAAUGUGUAUAACAGUACAGAGAACUAACCUAUGACUCUCAGCACAUAAGGUUGAGUAAUUACGAAACAUGCCAAUUAUAGAACUCAUCUGAGACCUUGUGAUAUAAUUAUCCACACUCCACGUUUGGAGGAGAUCCAUUUAGAUGAAAUCAAUUUUCUGUUACAGUUCACGGACACAUUACCUUCACAUCUAAAUACCUCAUCUGGAACGACGGGGACACAUGUGUGUUAAUUCGAUGCUGGUGUUGCAACACAACAAGAUUUCGUCCAUUUUGUACAUGAAAUUCCUCCCCCGGCGCGGCGUCGCAAAGUAACACCAGCUGGCUCAAGUGUACGCCUGUGCCAGAUGUUAUGAAUGUUGUGGCUAUAGUUAGUAGUGACGAGUAGCAGCAUAGGAAUCAGUCCCUCCUAACAGCACUAUGCAGGGGUAGCCAGUCAACAGUAAGCUUAGUACAACUAUAAUGCACUGCAUGUACACUUACGAGGUAGCGAACAAUAAUUAGAGCGGAGGUUUAGUUACGUUAAUUAUAAACAAGUCCCUUGUUUAGCAACAUUGACAGGGUUAUGUACCUCCAAGAAAUAUCCCUUCUUAACCCUCACGUAUAUGGUAGGCUAGGCAAGUGAUCCUCUCCUGAAAUACAAAAUCGAAACUGAUGACAUAUCAAGAAGCUAAAAACUGUACGCAUAGGCUAUCACAAGAACGUUUACCAAGUACAAUAUACUGACUUUAUCUGGAUCCACAAACCUCUCUCGUGGAAAACGUCAAAGAGAAAACUAUAUUAUAAUGACCCAAAAUCUACCAACAAAAGCCCGAGUCACUAUGAGCACCCCCCCUUCCCCCCACCUCUACCAGCACACUCGCGGGUUGAGGAACUUCUACACCAACGAGAGAGUUUCUUUACGUCUUGGCGUUCUGCAGACGGAGUUAUAUAGGGCGCAUCACACGCGUAUGAGUGCACGAUAAAUCUUGAACGACUUGGACCAGCACUACCCGCACUCAGGAUACACCUCAACACCUGACAACCACCAACGGAUAUAAACACCUACAGUAAUGGUACACUUAUUAACACCCACAGUGACGGUACACUUAUCAACACCCACAGUGACGGUACACUUAUCAACACCCAUUGACGGUACACUUAUCAACACCCACAGUGACGGUACACUUAUCAACACCCACAGUGACGGUACACUUAUCAACACCCACAGUGACGGUACACUUAUCAACACCCACAGUGACGGUACACUUAUCAACACCCACAGUGACGGUACACUUAUCAACACCCACAGUGACGGUACACUUAUCAACACCCACAGUGACGGUACACUUAUCAACACCCACAGUGACGGUACACUUAUCAACACCCACAGUGACGGUACACUUAUCAACACCCACAGUGACGGUACACUUAUCAACACCCACAGUGACGGUACACUUAUCAACACCCACAGUGACGGUACACUUAUCAACACCCACAGUGACGGUACACUUAUCAACACCCACAGUGACGGUACACUUAUCAACACCCACAGUGACGGUAUGUGUAAAUGAAGUACUACGGUAAGAGGGUGGCGAUAGAUAUACUGUACAUGGUAACUCAGGAAGAAAGUGAAUGUACAGUUGACAUCAUAGGAGGUGAACAAGUGGGUGGUCAAGGGAGACAUCUGCUCGAGGUAAUAGGUACUAUUUUUUUCCAUGAAUGAAUCACUCCGAUUCGUCGGGUUGGAAUAAUUUAUUCAUUAAAAAAUGCUACUUAUGGCCUCGAGGAGAUACCAGAUAUCUUCAUCAGCCAUACAUCUAACUCCCUAUAUGUUCCUCGGUUGGUAGAUGUUAUAAAUAAUAGCAGGAACACAUUACCCAAUACAUGAUGUGGUUUUGAACACGCAAGUCUACGCUUACCCAACCCCCCCCCCCCUCAAAAAAUAUACCAUCCGAUUAUAAUAUAAUUUCCUUUUUUCCUCUGACACUUGACGUGUGACCUUCAGCAAUCAGGUCACCGGAUUAUUCCUGAGUGGUAGUUAUUGGUAGAUAAACAUUCUGCUGUAGUGUAAGCCAUUGGCCAGUAUGCAUGUUUUUUCUGCAAAUUUUGAGACAAAUAACGAAUGUCUGGCCACACCAAGUAAAAGCCACGUACUGAAGACUAAAUUGUGGUAGUGUGUACUGAACAGCUGGCGUGGCCACACAACUGGUAUAAGAACAACUGGUGUGGCCACACAGUUGGUGUGAGAACCACUGGUGUGGUCACACAGUUGGUAUAACAACCAUUGGUGUGGCCACACAGUUGGUAUGAGAACCACUGGUGUGGCCACGCAGCUGGUGUGAGAACCACUGGUGUGGCCACGCACCUGGUGUGAAAACCACUGGUGUGGCUACUCAGUUGGGGUGAGAACCACUGGUGUGGCCACACAGUUUGUGUGAGAACCACUGGUGUGGCCACACAGCUGGUGAGAAGCAACACUAGCUCUGCCAUUUGGGGAAUAUCAUUUCUCUCACCACCUGUGUUGCACACACACCAGUGUUCACUGAGGUGUGAGAGACACAUUACACUGUUCACGUGUGUAAGUAAAGUCUGGUAAGUCCUCUACAUAUCUUGCAAUAAGAAACGUUUUGUUGAAUACAUGGAAACGCCUGUAGAUACAUCACUUAUUUUUUAGAGGCAAAAAUUCUUCUGUACUAAAUUGACAGAUUUUUUCACCAUAAUGCUAUGAGAAACAUCAGUGAAAUAUGUUCUUUAUAAUAUAAUGACAAGUUACACGAAAAUAGCAUCUUAAUUCUCUGUGUAAGAAACAUUGAUGUUUGGAGAGGUGGAAGGCCGUGUACUGUAGGGGACCACUGUGAACAUGUUAAACACUGUGGAGCGAAGGAACAGUAUCUGUCUUCGCUGUAUUGGUAGAACGUUAUAAAAAGUUAAU